UGCUCCGCUCACUCAGGUAGACGAUACAAACAAACAAACCAGGAAGUAUCUACGCGAAGGUAUUUCGUGUCAAUUAUAAGUUUUUAACAUGUUCAAUGAAGUCCGGUAUUGCGACAGGUGCUCGUAUCUCUUUCUCAAGUUCUGCUUAAUCGUAUAUGCAACAAUUUUCUGGCUGAUAGGGGGCUUUAUUUUGGCCAUCGGCAUUUAUGCAGAGGUGGAGAGGCAACAGUACAAAACGCUGGAAGCAGUAUUCCUGGCUCCUGCCAUUAUCCUCAUUGUGCUUGGUGUGAUCAUGUUCAUCAUCUCCUUCAUCGGUGUUCUGGCAUCUCUCAGAGACAACUUGUGCCUUCUCAAAGUGUUUCUUUACAUGCUGGCUCUCUGUCUCAUUUUGGAGCUCGCCAGUGGGAUUCUUGCUUUGAUCUUUAGGAGACAGACAGAGGACCUUCUCAACAAAAACAUCCGUAAAGGCAUGGUCAAUUACUAUGAUGACCUGGAUUUCAAAAACAUCAUGGACUUUGUUCAGAAAACGUUCAAAUGUUGUGGGGGAACCGACUUUACAGACUGGCAGGUGAACAUGUAUCAUAACUGCUCUGCUCCUGGUCCACUAGCGUGUGCAGUGCCUUAUACCUGUUGUCUGAGCAAGCCUUCUGAAGUUGUUAAUACAAUGUGUGGACACAAGGUCCUGGAGAAAGAGAGGCUAGAAAAUAUAGAUGUGAUCUACACUCGUGGUUGCACGAAUGCCAUCUUCAUUUGGUUCAUGGACAACUAUAAAAUCAUGGCUGGACUUCUUCUGGGCAUCUUAGUUCCUCAGUUUUUUGGUGUGAUCUUUACCUGGCUUUAUAUAACCCGUGUGGAAGAUGCCAUCGAGGAGUAUGGACACUAUAUGGGUGGUCUGCUGGACGGCGGACCCCAGGAGACGAAGCAACAAAGCAAGUGGGCCAAAUGUUGCAAAUGCAUGCCUUUGAUUGACUUAGUGCAAACUCCUAAAAAGCCUUAAAUUGGAUUAAAAAAAAGGUUUAUACAGUUACUAUCACAUGCUGUGGAUGAAAUGAUGAAAUUUGUAGCAAUGCAAAACACAACCGUCCUGUGCUGUACUUUUGUAAUAUCAGCCACAGACUCACUGAUGCAAGAAAGCCAUUUUUGUACUGUCAAUAUCGUUUUUACAGUUACUCUCAAGAUUCAUUAUUUCAUCUGUCAGCUGAAAAUGGGUCAUUUCUUGUGUCAAAAUUUACCGAUACUAGGACUGACCUUCUGUCUCAGGAUCUUUCUACUAAAUCAGACCUGAAGCAGUACACUAAAUAUGCCACACAUUUCCAUCAUGUCGACAGAGUCAGAAUGCCUUUAGGUUUUACACAGCUUAGUUCUGCUAAAUGUUUGGACGAUUAGCACCCUGUCAGUCUCAGGUAAUGAAAUUCAAGGUUUCUUUUUUCCAGUGCAAACAGUGCUCUUCACAUAUGUGAAUUUGUACCAUAAAAGUCUAUGAAAAUGGCAGCUACAUUGAUCAUAAUAAGAGUGCUGUCUCUUUUGUUUGUACAUUGUGUCUAAGAUGAGUGAGAUGAUAAAUCCUGACUAUAAACAUUGCCACACUUAAAAGCUGUGUAAAUCCAAUCCUUUAGUUUACCAUAUUUGCUGUAAAACCUAGUUUUAAUGUCCAUCAUUUACAUGAUGUGCUUCUCAUGAUAUUUUUAUUUUGUCUAGAUUCUUUUUCAAACUCAACAUAUUUCUUUCAAAGCUGCAUGUGU